AAAUUAAGUGCUUUUCUUCGUCUGCUGGACCGAGACACCCUCAUGGAACAAGCCGAAGCUUCGGACGCCAGAUGGAUGACCAAUCGCCCUCUAUCGCUACUGGAUGGGAUUCCAGUUACAAUUAAAGCAAACUUGGCGUUGGAGACCCAACCCUUGACUGCCGGCAGCCGUAUUCUGGGGGCGUCUGCCGCUGUUCCUUCCCAUGUUACCUCUGACGGAACACCACCUGUAGGGUAUACCGCAGAUGCGGUACAAAGUCUUAUUGAUGGUGGUGCCAUAAUUUUGGGUGUAACAUCGAUGGACGAGUUUGGUAUGGGUAGCCUGGGAACCAACACUGCCACUCACGCAGCCGUUCUCUCGGAAGAUGACCAUGGCUUUUCUGCCGGAGGUUCGUCUUGUGGAUCGUCCGUUUCCGUCGCCCAUGGAUCCAGUUUAUUGUCGCUAGGAUCGGAUACGGGUGGAUCAGUGCGUCUACCUGCAGCUUGGUGCGGGGUGGUCGGUCUCAAGCCCACCUACGGGCACAUUUCGCGACACGGACUUGUCAGCUAUGCGUCAUCUCUAGAUACAAUUGGGAUUAUGGGACCGACCGCCGAUUGCGUUUCCAUAGGACUCCAACAGAUAGUCAAUAAUCAACGGAGAGACAGAGAUUCGACACUGGUACCGCUACCAUACGUAAGAUCCAUAGCGGAAAAUCUGGAUUCUUCACUUGCGCUUGAUGGCAUCAAGAUUGGCAUUCCAGCUGCUUUUUCGGUGGCCGAGUUGCCGGAUAAUGUACGUGACGCCUGGUCCGCGUCUGCGGACCAUCUCGCAAGCCACGGUGCCACUGUCGAAAUUGUCGGAUCCGACGCCAUAUCACCUGAUACGCUACAACGAGCUUUGGCGGCCUACUACAUAAUUGCGAGCGCUGAAGCUGGCUCAAAUUUGAGUCGAUACGAUGGCUUUCGGUACGGUGUGAGUGCAGAGGUCAAGUGCAACACUAUGAAUAAUCCACAAAGUAUGCUGGAGCGACAGUAUGCUACAUCUCGGAGCUACGGCUUUGGUUCGGAAGUCGUCCGGCGCGUACUAUGUGGAACAGCCGUCUUGUCGGCGGACCGCUUCCAUACUUACUACGAAAGCGCCGCUGAAUUACGAGCUUUUUUGACUGAGCAGUUUGAGAAAGCCACGGAACAAUACGACGUGCUGCUGGUUCCCACUGUAGCCUUCCCGCCCGCCCCUCUAGAUCGCACCACGAACUCAACACAAACUCUGGCCAACGAUGCAAUGACAGUGCCGAUAAGUCUGACUGGAUUACCCGCCGUGUCGGUACCAUUCGAGCGACCAACUUCUCAACUCUUUCCACCCUCAAUGCAAUUGAUUGGGCCACGCUUUGGAGAAGAGAAGCUUUUGAAGGUUGCGGCUUUGCUUAACACAUAA